AUGCAUCGAGUUUUUAAUCUUGAUCUACGAAUUUCAAUCUAUCUAUCUAUCUAUCUAGCUAUGUUUCAUUCUCUCUCUCUCUCUCUCUCACACACACACAUACUCUCUCUAAAUAUAAAAUCUCUCUUAUAUCCGGGUCUCUUAUAUCCGGGUUACAAUCUAUCUAUCUAUCUAUCUAUCUAUCUAUCUAUCUAUCUAUCUAUCUGUCUGUCUAUCUAUCUAAAUAAUUUUGAUAAUAAUUAUCUAUCUAUCUAUCUAUCUAUCUAUCUAUCUAUCUAUCUAUCUUUUCUAUCUAUCUAUCUAUCUAUCUAUCUAUCUAUCUAUCUAUCUAUCUAUCUAUCUAUGUUUUUCUCUCUAUUUGUGAUGUUCUCUUUUCUUUCUUUCUUUCUUCCUUUCUUUCUUUCUUUCUUUCUUUCUUUCUUUCUUUCUGCUUCUUUUAAUAGAUAUUUGUUUAUUUAUGUUUUACUUUCAUUUUUCUAUCUAUCUAUUUCUCUAAUUUUAUUUUUAUCUAUUCAUCUAUUUCGGUCAGUUUUUUAUCUAUCUAUCUAUUAUUAUUAUCUAUCUAUCUAUCUAUCUAUCUAUCUAUCUAUCUAUCUAUCUAUCUAUCUAUCUGUCACUCCCGCUGUCAUUUUCUUUCUAUCUUUCUUUUUUCUUUCUAUGUAUUUCUUAAAUAUAUUUAUAUCUAUGUCAGUAUCUAUCUGUCUAUCUAUCUAUCUAUCUAUCUAUGUUUUUCCUCUAUUUAUAUCUGUUUAUUUAUUUUUUACUUUCAUUUUUCUAUCUAUCUAUUUCUAUAAUUUUAUUUUUAUCUAUUUAUCUAACUAUUACGGUCAGUUCUAUCUAUCUAUCUAUCUAUCUAUCUAUCUAUCUAUCUAUCUAUCUAUCUAUCUAUCUAUCUAUUUCAGUUUAUGA